GAUGAACUGGAGAGUAUCCAUGCUAUCUAAAAUGAAGACAGCACUGACAACAUUUCUGUUUCUUUUGUUUGUUCACAUCUUAGCCUGCAAUGCUAAACCACAGGUUUAUGUGGUGUACCUUGGAGAGCACAGUGGAGACAAAACCGCGCAAGAGAUUGAAGGCCUCCAUCGCACAUAUAUUCAUCAUGUAAAGCGCUCCAAAGAAGAAGCUUCAGCUUCCCUGGUCCACAGCUACAAGAAUAUCAUCAAUGGCUUCUCCGCUUUACUCACCUCAGAAGAAGCCAAUACCAUAGCCGAAAUGGAUGGUGUGAUCUCAGUGUUCCCCAGCGAGUCAUCAGAGCUUCAUACGACAAGAUCAUGGGAUUUCAUAAAUAUGUAUGAAGGAAACGGAGAUCCUACUUCCGGCGAGGAGUUGCUGAGCAAAGCCGGUGGGGCAAAGGAUGUCAUUGUCGGAAUGGUCGACACUGGCAUAUGGCCAGAGUCUCAAAGUUUCAAUGAUGAAGGUAUGGAACCUGUUCCCAUGUCAUGGAAAGGGACAUGCCAAGAAGGACUUCAUUUCACUUCAUCUCACUGCAAUAGAAAAAUAAUAGGAGCGCGAUAUCAUUUAAAAAGCGUUGAGGCAGUCUUUGGUCAUGUGAACCAUACAGUUGACUUCCGUUCAGCUAGAGAUUCCUACGGCCACGGAACUCACACGGCAUCCAUUGUGGGCGGCCGGAAAGUCGCCAAUGCAUCUGCGUAUGGCGGCUUCGCGAACGGAGUCGCCACCGGCGGGGCACCGCUAACGCGCCUGGCCAUCUACAAAGCGUGUUGGGUAGUGCCCUUCGAUGACACGAAAGGAGUUGUGUGCCAAGACGACGACGUGUUGGCCGCAUUCGAUCACGCCGUCGCCGAUGGGGUUCACGUGAUUAGCGUGUCCCUCGGUUUCUACACUGACGGGGAUUACUUCAAACGGAAUGUGGUGGCGCUUGGAGCAUUGCAUGCGGCGAAGAGGAACAUUGUGGUUGUCUGUAGCGCCGGAAAUUUUGGGAGACCAAACACGGUGCUUAAUGUGGCUCCUUGGAUCUUCACGGUUGGCGCAAGUACCAUUGAUCGGUCGUUUCCCGCUCCUGUUGUGUUGGGAAACAACAUGGUUGUUAAGGGAGAAAGCAUAAGUGCACUUAAGAAAAUGGAGACAUUUCCUCUUGUCUAUGCAGGAGAUGUAGAGAUCCCUGGAUCCACCAAUUUUCCAGGGUUUUGCCUGCCGGACACACUUUCACCGGAGAAGGUUAAAGGGAAAGCAGUGUUUUGCCUAGUGGGAAAUGUCUACCGGUCCACUGAAGUUGAAAGAGCCGGCGGUGCAGCUGUCAUAUUAGGGACUAUUGGAAGUGAGGUAUCAGUGGGAAGUUUUCUGAUUCCGGGAACAAGCAUCUUUUAUCCUUCCGAGACAGACGCAAUUCUGAAAUACAUUAAGACCAACAAGAAUCCAGUGGCCACGCUCAUUCCUGGAAAAACAAUUGUUGGUGCUAAACCAUCGCCGGCCAUGGCUCCUUUUACCUCAUUAGGUCCAAGUUCCGUGGAGCCUAACAUCCUCAAGCCUGAUAUUACAGCUCCAGGGUUUAAUAUAUUAGCAGCAUGGAGUGAGGCAUCCUCGCCUUCAGAUACACCUGAAGAUCAUCGACGUGUUAAGUAUAACAUAAUAUCAGGAACAUCCAUGUCGUGCCCUCAUGUCUCUGCUGUGGCUGCGCUUCUUAAAGCCAUACAUCCUGAUUGGAGCAGUGCUGCAAUCAAAUCUGCUAUUAUGACUUCUGCUACAACUGAGAAUGUGAAAGGAGAAGCAAUAGAGGAUGCAUAUGGAGAAGUUGCAGGUCCUUUCCAUUACGGGGCAGGCCAUAUUCAGCCAUCAAAAGCUGCUGAUCCCGGGCUUGUAUACGAUUCAUCGUACACAGAUUAUCUUCUCUUCAUUUGCAGCGUUACGGGGACUUCUCUGGACCCGAGUUUUAAAUGUCCCGAGAAAGAUUUAUCUCCGAGUAAUCUCAACUAUCCUUCCUUAGCAAUAGCUGGGCUCAAAGGGUCAAUGGUGGUGAAAAGAACAGUCACAAAUGUGGGCUCAGCAAAUGCUACUUAUUCUGUGGAGGUGAAAGCCCCUGCUGGAUACUCUGUCAAAAUUUCUCCAAUGGUGUUGAGGUUUAUGGAGGUUGGAGAAAAGCAGAGUUUCAGUGUAAGUGUUAAGGCUGAAAGUGUGAAGAAAGUUGGGGAGUUUGGAUUUGGUUGGUAUAAAUGGAGCGAUGGGAUUCACAUGGUAAAAAGCCCAAUUGUUGUUUCAUCAGCAUAUAUUUGGAUGGGACUAAUAUAAUGGCUUUCAACUUUGGAGAUUCCUAGUGAAAAGAUCAGUUAUCACAAUAAAGUAUGUCAAAUGCAAAGUAGUUAAUGAGGGCUUUUAUGGUAUUGUAACAUAUAUAAUUUAGUAUUUUGAUUGUGGUAUAUUUAGAGUGUGCAAUGAAAUAAUAAUCUAUAAUAUAUAAUGUGUU